CGUCAGGAGGGGUAGAGAGAAGAAAACCUCUUGUGAAUGAGCCCAUUAGAUCUAUGGCAAAACGUCUUUGACCUUAUCAAAGAUAUUUGGAGGAUUAUACAGCAGAUGUCCCAAGGAGUACCAAGCACAGAUGGAAAGUAAAAGGCCUACAGGACAACCCACCAGAGCAUUUGAGUCAGUCUGUUGCUUCACGCAGAGUUACAGAUGUAGACAGCAGGAGUUCCUUCACUACAAGUCCUUUGGACAUGGCCUUUCAACAGAAUACUGGCUGUAAUGUUGACAGCAACACAGACGAUCCCAUGAGUAACACUUUGACUGAUGGAGAGGAAGAACCCAGCAGUUCCAGCAAUGAGGACGAACUCAAUAAUGACAACUCUUCCACAACUACCAUGACUGAUAUGAUAAUACAAAAGAAUGAUAACAAAAUGAACACAGAAGAACACUGUAUGGACACUUCCACUAGUGAAGGGGAAGAUGAGGAACUCAGUACUGAGAGCAUGACCACAUGCAUUUUGGAUGUACACAUUCCAGAGAAUGAAGAAGCUGUGUCAUAUUCUGAAGACAACUUGACUGAUACGUCUAGUAAUCAAGGUGAAAACCAUGCUGAUGAUGAAGACAUGAUGGAGGGGAAUAAUGCUGGAGAAAAGACACCCAAACUUAAAGUGGGCUCUGAAGACCAAGCAGAUGGUGACAACCCCCUAUAUCCUGGUGCAUCUAUUUCAAAGGGAGAAAGUAUACUGAUGCUAAUGUCUUAUGUGCUGCGACACAACUUAACAGGCAAGGCAGUUACUCACUUACUGGAAAUGUUUAACCUAAUGUUUCCAGGUCUGAUUCCACCCUCACCCUCCUACCUUUUCCACAAAGAAUUUAAAGGUUCAUCUCAAUCUGAAAUUCACUUUUAUUGUGAAAAAUGCCUUGCAUACCUUGGCAAUAGUGCACACUGUAACUCUCAGUGUACCCAUUGCAACAAAGCGUUUGAUGCCAACAGAAGAUCUUUUUUGAGGAACUUUAACUUUAACAAAAGAAAAACUGAAAGUUGUAAAGUCCUAACUGAAAGUGUUAGGGAUUUUGGUAAUCCAACAAUGCAGAAAUCUAUUAAAAUUUCGUAUAGGCUUGCAAUUGCAAAGUUGUGUGGAAAUCUAAGCAACUGCUUCUGGUCUUUCAACCGUUUUUUGGUCAGUGGAGUUCUGUAUCAUAGUCAAAAGUAUGACAAAUUGAAAAAGAGAUACAACAGUGCAGUAUACUUAAAAGAUGGAACACUUUGUUUAAUUAAUGACUUGGUUAUUUUUAAACAAAAAUGUUCACAUGAAAUUUCUGCUUUGUGUUCUUGUACCAAAAUGUGUUGUGUUUUAGUUGAAGUACUUGCUAAAUUAGACAGACCUGUAUGUAAAGAUUCACAGAUCAACAUACAAAGUACUUUCUUAUUUGAGGUUAAAAAAACUGAAACUGUUAACGCUGUGUGGCCUGACAUGCUUCUAACCAAAUGUGUUCUUGUUGAAAGAGAUAAUGCUUUGUACAUAACACCAUUGCCAAAUGCUUGUGAGAGACUAGAACUUGACCAAUAAAGUCAGUCAAAUGUU